AUGUCACAGAUGGACUGCUCUUUAAAGAGUAUUACAUGCCCGAAUUGUGUUUCUUCAGGAGAGCGUCCGUAUAAGUGUCAUCUGCCGGAUUGUGGUCGAGCAUUCAUCCAGCUAUCUAAUUUGCAACAGCAUCUGAGAAACCACGACGCCCAGGUAGAACGGGCCAAGAAUCGUCCAUUCCAUUGUAAUAUUUGUGGCAAGGGGUUCGCCACAGAAUCAAGCCUACGCACCCACACAUCAAAGGAGCUACAGCUGCAUCUUGGUGUCUUGCAGCAGCAUGCGGCACUCAUUGGUGGACCCAAUGCCACCUCAUGCCCAGUGUGCCACAAACUUUUUUUGGGCACCGAGGCGCUUAUGGAUCACAUGAAGCAGGUCCACAAAGAGAAGACCACGCCGCCGAACGAGCCACCGACGCAAUUCGGAGAUGUCAUCCACGGCAGUGGCUCACUUACAGCGCAAUGUGGGUCUGAGCUGAACUGCGCUCAGCCUUCGAAUACCAGUGGGUCCAGUUUGAAUGACAGCUACCUCGGCAAACGAAGAACCGCCAACCACCCCUGUCCUGUGUGCGGAAAGCACUAUGUCAACGAGGGCUCCUUGCGCAAGCAUCUCGCCUGCCACGCGGAGACCUCCCAGCUGACAAGCAGUCUGCGUAUGUGGCCCUGCUCUGUUUGCCAGGCGGUAUUUACUCACGAGAACGGUCUUCUCACCCAUAUGGAUCACAUGCGUAUGGAUCCCAAACAUCAGUUCGCGGCUCAAUAUGUGUUGUCUCGAGCGGCAGCCGAGCAAAGGGAACGCGAGUCCUUGUUGGCAGUGAGUUUGGCUGCUUCGUCGACCAGUAGCGGAGCCCGAGAUCCAGCCGGACAUCUGCUGCCAUUGGAUGUAGGUGUUAGGGUAGUUGGUAUGGGUGUUACACCAGGAGGAAGGUCCCAUUCGUUGUGUCCUUCGCCAUCCGCCAACUCGGAGUGUUCGUCGAAUGGACGGCUCUCUUCGUCAUCCACUUCAGAUCAGGAUCAGGACCAUGAUCAGGGCCAGGACCAGGACCAGGACCAGGACCAGGACCUAGACCAAGACCAAGACCAGGACCAGUACCAGGACCAAGGCCAAGACCAGGACCAGGACCAGGCCCAGGACCAGGACCCCAACCAGGAUCACGAUCAAGAUCAGGGCUUGAAUCAAAAUGACAACAGUAGUCAUAACAAUAACAUUAUUAGUGCUAGGAACAACAACAACAACAACAGCAUUAACAACAACAACAACUGUAACUCAAACAAAAUCAAUUUGGCCGAGCUGCGCCUGCCCAGUUCCAGCCAGUACAACAUGGACGCCGAGCUGCACGCAAAUCGCAUGUCCCUUAUGGCAGCCGCUUCAGCUGCCGCCGCAGCUGUUGCAGCAUCACAAGACAGCGCCAUAGACGGCGUCACUGGCGGUCCAGGCAGUGCGGUUGUUCAAGCGGCAGUCGUCAACUUGGCCGCCGCCAUGCGCCUUAACAACCCCGCAAAUCAUCAGCAACAGCCCAGCGAACAUCAGGUGCUUCAGCAGCACCAGCACCACCCCCAACACCAGCACCAACACCAACACCAGCACCAACACCAUCAUCAGCCGCUGUCGCACUUGCCGUUGCUAUCGCCGCUCGGCAGCCAGCAGGGCCACACGGGUAUCAAUCUGGGCACUCGGAGAUCGCCGGGUAUAAACGUGCCUAGUUUGCAAAUGCAGAGUGACACGUCGGCAUCGGUUAUGAUGAGCAUGAUGCGCGGCUCUUUGGACUCUAGUUUAAGCGGCAUGCAUCAAAGAGAGACACUGCAUCAUCAGGCAUCCAACUAUUCGCAGCACGCUGUGACGCCCAGCUCACAGCAAACGCCGUCGCAUCCACAGCAUCUGCAUAACCAGCAUCCGGAGACCGCACUGCGGAUGCAUCAGCAGGCGGAGGCCAUAUUGCGCUCACACACAGAAGCAGCGUUCCGUCUGGCUGCUUCGGUGGCUGCCACAAACGUGACACCUUCUAACCCUGGUGGAGCUGGGGCUACAAUCAAAAGCGAAUCAACAAUAACAUGUUCUGCCACUACACAGCAGCAGCAGCAACAAGUACAGAUCAAUGGUAGUGAUCUGCAUGCAUCGCCCCGUCGUUUCCCAAUGAUCACGAACCAAGCAUCACAUAGCACCCACCCGCAGACGCAACACGAACAGCAGCCAAAUCAACCCAAUUCAUGAAGUCUAUGAGCUCGAAGUUGAACUACAGAGACCGGGCAC